UCACGCACACACGACAAGGAGCCGGCAUUUAGCGCUGAUCGCCAGCGCUGUAUUCCGGUCGGCCGCGAAUCACACCUCUGGCCAAGAUGGCGGCAUCCCUGGGACGGAUUUGUCGAUUAGGCCUUUUAAAGCCGUCGAGCGGCUCGUUCUUCAAUCAGGCCAGUAAAUUUUCGACAACGAAAGAAUGGUCCAGAGGUCGAAAAGUGAUGGCAACAUGUGUAGGUGUUGCUACUGGAGGCAUUGGAACUCUUUUAUUUACUUUAGAUCAAUCUGUAAAAGCUGUUGAAAUAAUAGCACAUCCACCUUCAUAUCCCUGGAGUUUCUCUGGGAUUUUUUCAUCUUUAGAUCAUGCUAGUAUUCGACGAGGAUGGGAGGUCUACAAAAAUGUUUGCUCUGCCUGUCACAGUUUAGAAUACGUUGCAUUUCGUCAUCUGGUAAAUGUAACUCAUACAGAAGAAGAGGCUAAAGCUUUAGCUGAGGAAGUUCAAGUACAAGAUGGCCCGAAUGAUGUUGGUGAAUAUUUUAUGCGCCCUGGCAAGCUCUUUGAUACUAUGCCAUCUCCAUAUCCAAAUGAAGAAGCUGCUCGAGCAGCAAAUAAUGGUGCCUAUCCACCCGAUCUUACGUAUAUUAUUAAUGCUCGACACGGCGGACAGGAUUAUGUCUUUUCAUUAUUAACUGGCUAUUAUGAAGAACCUGCUGGAAUGAAUUUAAGGGAAGGUCAAUAUUACAAUCCUUAUUUCCCAGGUGGUGCUAUUGGAAUGGCUCAGCCAAUAUACAAUGAAAUAAUAGAAUAUGAAGAUGGAACACCAGCAACAACUUCUCAAUUAGCCAAAGAUGUUGUCACAUUCCUUGUGUGGACUGCAAAUCAAGAAUUUGAUGAAAGGAAGAGAUUAGCUAUUAAAGUUAUUGGAAUUACUGCAAUUUUAUUAUCCACCCUGUACUAUAUCAAGAGACAUAAGUUCAAUCUCAUUAAGAAUACCAAAUUAGUAUUCGUACAGAAGAAUAAAAAGUAGUAAAAACUCUAUCAUCUAUAUUUAAUUCUAUUUGAUAGCUCACAGAAAUUGCUUAGAACACAUGGUGGUUCUGGUUA